AGAGAGAUGGGGACAGAGGGAUGGGGACAGAGGAAUAGGAAACUUGAGGGGGAUGCAGGGGAUAGGGGAUGAGGACAGCGGGACAUGGACAGAGGGAUGGGGAACAUGGAGGAGAUGCAGGGGGCAGGGAUGGGGACAGAGGGACGUGGACAGUGAUGGGGAGAAUGGAGGAGAUGUAGGGCAUGGAGAUGGAUGUGGGGACAGAAAGAUGGGGAGCACGGGGGGGUGCAGAGAACAGGGAGAGGGACAGAGGGACAGGAAGAGGGAUGGGAACAGGGGCUGGGUCUGGGAUGGAGAGAUGGGGACAGGAGGGAUGGGGAGCAGUGGAAGGCUGUAAGAAAAGGAUGGGACAAAAGGGAGAUGGGGAGACAGGAAGGACGUGAAAUGUAGGGAUGGUGGGGACAGGGACAGAGAUGGGGAUACAGUGGGGAUGGAAGAGCUGGAGAAGGAGAGGGACUGAAAAAAGGAAGGGAUGAAGGAGCAGGAUGGAGCUGGAGAAGUGGAGCAAUGGAGGGGCCUGCAGGUUCAUGGCCCUUCUGGGGUGUCCAUGGGGAAGUCCCAUCAAUGCCACUUGCCUGGCACAGGCGCCUGGGGACACAAAGGGGCUGCAUGUGCAGCAUUGUACAGCCAGAGCAGGCUUUGCCCAUUGCCCGGGUAACUGUUGCUGAGAUUCCGGGAUGGAAGUGCAUGGCACGGCCAUGUCCACUGCCUGCACCCCCUGCCUGCCCCACUGCUGCCCAGGCAUGGGUGUAGGGUGUGCAUGGAAGUGUGCACGGUGAUGGGUUUGUGCAAAAGUGUUUGUGUGGAUGCAGGAGUAUGCAUGGCUAUGGGUUUGUGCACCGUGUGUGUGCACGGGUUUUGCAUGGGUGCAGAGGUGCUGCAAGGUGUGUAGGGACAGAGGAGGAUGUGAGGGGUUGGGGUGCACCCUCAAAGCUUGGUGUGUCCCUGGAGAUGCUGUGCUGGGGUGCCGGGGCCCCCCGAGCUGCCUCGCCCCGUGUCAAUAAACUUGUUGUUCAGCUGCUGCUGCUGCAGCCUUUCAAGAGGGACAAAGAAAUUGUUUCCAGGGCAACUGGAGGUUCUUGGCAGCGGGCACCUGCUCACCCUGCACCCGGCAGCUCCUGACAUGGCUGUCCCCAAGCCCGUGGCUCAGUGCCCCAUAUACGCACUGUCCCCAUACCCACACUGAACCCAUACCUACACUGACCCCCUACCCGCCCUGUCCCUUCACCUCCAUUGUCCCCAGGGCUGGUGGCACUCGGGGUGCGUGGCAGGGACACCAGUGGGACCAAUGUGGUGGACGCCUGAUGGUGGGCUGUGACCAUGCCAUGUUCCCACGGGUCCCAUCCCAUCCCCGUCCCCUUGCAGGGGAGUCGGUGGAGGGAGUGAGUGCCCAGGAUGUGCUGCUGAUCCAUUCGUGCCGCCAAUGGACGACGGUGACGGCUCACAGCCUGGAGGAGGGCCACUACGUCAUCGGCCCCAAAAUCGACAUCCCACUGCAGUACCCAGGGAAGUUCAAGCUGCUGGACCAGGACCGGGACAUCCGUGAGCCUGUGCAAUAUUUCAAUAGUGUGGAGGAGGUGGCCAGCAUCUUCCCAGACCGUGUCUUUGUUAUGGAGGCCAUCACAUUCAGCGUGAAGGUGGUGUCGGGGGAGUUCAGCGAGGACAGCGAGGUGUACAACUUCACAUUGCAUGCUGGGGAUGAGCUGACGCUGAUGGGGCAGGCGGAGAUCCUGUGCGCCAAGACGGUGAAGGAGAAGUCGCGCCUCAACACCCUCCUGCGGAAGCUGGGCAAGGCAGCGCCUGCGGCAGGAGCCAGGCAGGUGAAGGGCAAAAUGCCGUGCCUGAUCUGCAUGAACCACCGCACCAACGAGAGCCUCAGCCUCCCCUUCCAGUGCAAGGGCCGCUUCAGCACCCGCAGCCCGCUGGAGCUGCGCCUGCAGGAAGGCGAGCACACCAUCCGCAGCAUCAUCGAGAAGGUCCGGCUGCCCGUCAACGUGGCCGUGCCCAGCCGUCCAGCUCGCAACCCUUACGACCUGCACGCCAUCCGCGAGGGACACUGCUACAAGCUGGUGGGCAUCAUCUCCAAGACGGUGGUGCUGUGCUGCAUCCUCCGGCGCGAGCGCCUCGUGCCCUUCCACUUCCUGCUGCUGGCCGACAUGCCGCGCUUCCAGCUGCCCGAGGGGCUGCUCGGCGGGGACCCGCAGUUGGAGAAGCUGCUGCGGGACAGCGCGGCGUAUUGCCACGAGCGCUUCAACCCCGAUGAGUACUCGCGGGCCGUGCGGGAGGCCAAGCCGGAUUUUUCGGAGGAAUGCGCCAGCCCCCGGCGCCUGCGGCUCUGCUUGCCGAGCUGCGGCCGCGAGGAGCUCAGCCAACCCCUGCAGAGGCUCUCGCUCUGCUUCUAUGGUGGGGGGCUGCCCCGCGCACCCCCAGAUUCAGCCACCCGCUGCCAGGACCCCCCUGAUUUUACCGAGCCUGAUAGGGAGUAUGUGACUCCCGACUGGGCUGAGCCUGAAUUCAGGACUCAGGAGCCACUGGAGAUCCCCUACGAAGAGCUCUGGAGCAACCAGGGCUUGGAGAGCUGCUCUUCCUCACAGCCGAGCACUGCAGGGCGGCCGGACCUCAUCGCCUUUGGGGCCACGUCCCCGCUGGGCUCCCCGCGACGCACCAGGGAUGAGCCACUGGGGGACGCACCACCCCCAGUGCCACCCAAGUCAGAGGCGGUGAAGGAGGAGUGCCGGCUGCUGAAUGCCCCCCCUGUGCCACCCCGGGGAGGCCGCCCCACGGUGCCCCGCAGCCCCCCAGCCCCGCUGCGCUUCCCAAAGCUGGCACCAGCUCCCUCACCUAGCCCCAGCCUGUCCUACUACUCCUCAGGGCUGCACGAUGGGUCAGCCCCACGGAGCGGCAGCGGCUCACCCUCACCUGAUGCUUACUCCCUCUAUUGCUACCCCUGUGCCUGGGGAGACUGCAAAGCUGGGGAUCCCCCCGGCUGCCCGCUGCCCCCCGCUGCCCCGCCAGCCUCCACCGCCUGGUCCGAUCCCUGGGCCUACACCGAGGCAGGGGCAGGGGGGAACAGCAGCUGCACCACACCACUGCCAGCGACUGAGCCCCCUCUGAAGCCUUUCCGGAGCUGCCCCCGCCUCAAACCUCCGCACCCCCAAAAACGCUUUGCACCCUUUGGGGCGCUCAACCCCUUUGCCGGUGCAACCGAGUGGCCCGAGAGCCCUGAGUGGCCCAAACCACCCUCAGUCCCUCCUGCACCCUCCUCCUCCUCUUCACCAGAGCCCUUCGAGGGGCCAGAGCCAGUGGCCCCCCCACGCCCACCCAAGGGCUUUGAUGGGGAUGGCAUAGUCAUCCGUGGCACGGCCCCACUCUCUCCUGCCAUGCUGAGAGGUGCUGAGGGUGGUGUCACCCACCUCUACCUGGCACAGGGUGUCAUCGAGGUGCCACCGGGGACAUGGGGUGAAGGAGGGGCCCCGCCGGCUGCCCCAAGACCCAGUGGGGAUGGUUCACCCUGGCUGCCCCCUGCCGACCUCUCGGCCCUGUCGGUGGAGGAGGUCUCCAAGUGCCUACGUUUCAUUGGUCUCUCCGAGGAUGUCGUCAGCUUCUUCGCACGGGAGCGCAUUGAUGGCAGCAUCUUCGUGCAGCUCAGCGAAGAGAUCCUGGCUGAUGAUUUUCGCCUCACCAAGCUCCAGGUGAAGAAAAUCAUGCAGUUCAUCAAGGGCUGGCGCCCCAAAAUCUAGCCUGAUGAUGGGGUACCCACGGGUGCCCCAACCCAGCAGUGCCUCUCCCCGCUUUCAGCAGUGGGGUUUCCUCCUUCCUGAGCCUCUCCCUUUCCUGUUGUAACACUGGACAGUUCAUUUUGGCCUGAAAGGGCUGGAAAAUACUGGAGUUUGCAUUGACUGGUUUAACUUAAUCCUUGUGGAUUAGUGUAAUAAAACAUACGGGAGAAAACAAGCUGCUGGAAGAGCCCCUUGCCUGGGGAGGAGGGGGACAGGGACCCUCAGUGCAGAGGAUGGGAGGGUGGUAUAGCACACGCCAUGCUGUCCCUGUGUCCUCAGGGCAAGAGGAAACAGCAGGGAGCUCCCCUAGGGGCUGCCACCUCCCUGGCCUCACGGCAGAGGUCAUGUCUCAACUCAGGCUUUACAGCGCUGGCUUUGAGCAGAGCACAAACCCAGCAUGGAAAGAGCAGUGAGCACCCUGCUUGGCUCUGCUGGGGCUGGGAGACAGACCUGGCACCACAGCGAGGUAGAGGCUGGCAGGGCUCUGAAAUCAGUGACAGGUGCAGAGAUUUAAAGCCUUUUAGUUUAAAUUGAGCUCUCCCCAUGGGGGACCCUUCUGGCCUUUGGCUACUUGAUUUGCAAUUACAGGCGGGUCCAUCUGCCAAGAUAACACUGGCAGCAGCGCUUGGGGCCAGACAAAAGAGCCGGAGGCUCCUCGCAGGCACUGAUGGAUGGCAGAGGUGACAGAGCAGGGCUUUGUUCUGCACUGGCGGCCUUUUUCCACUCCCCCCUUGCCCUCCUCUUGGUUGGUCUCACAGCUCAGCAGGCUGCCAGCAAGCAUGGGCAGCCCACGACAUACCAAGAGGACCCC